UCUUCAACAACCAUGUUCAGUUCUGACUUCUGAGAGUAUAUAGCGAGCCGUGACUUGAAAAAAGUAGAACACUUUCCAAUUUGGAAGCAACCAAAGGAUUGAUGACAUCGGGAAUUCGGGAUAUAUACAUAUGUGUGACCACUACUCCUUAUGUGUUCAUGGACCGUUGAAUAGUAGGGUUCCCGUCCUAGGAAUUUCAGUUUGCUGUAUUACCAUACGACUAGUCCACUGCACUGUGUACUGCUGAGACCUGUGAAUUUAUGUUCGAUCUGCCUGCGGUCUAGGCCAUUCAGUGUUCUGCUUCAAGAUGAACACCGUGAGAAAUCUCUUGCGUUUCUUCCUCAUCAGUUCCAUAGCCUGUAUUGCGGUGCUCGUCCUGCAGCGCUCUCCGUGCCCGUGCCGCGACGACGUGCCGGCACAUAAAGAACUGGCCUUGGGUACUAAUGGAAGUCGAGUCGUUGAUCCCAGCAUGAAGAAGCCCGGCAUGGCCGAUGAAGACAAGCUUCCGGAAGUGCUGAGGAGAGCAGCCAUGGAGGACAAGACCAUCAUAAUGACCUUCACGAACGAAGCGUUCGCGGCUCCAGGAUCUCUCAUGGACCUCUUCCUUGAGAGCUUCCGCACGGGCGUGAGGACGGAGCCCCUGCUGAAGCACCUGAUCAUCGUCGCCGCUGACGCCAAGGCGUUCGAGCGGUGCCAACUCGUGCACCCGCUCUGCUACGCGCUCCCCGUGGGCGGCGCCAACUUCACGUCGGAGCAGGUGUUCAUGGUCGGGGACUACCUGGACAUGAUGUGGCGCCGCAACAGGUUCCAGGCCCGGGUCCUGGAGCUCGGCUACAGCUUCGUCUUCACGGACGUGGACAUCGUCUGGUUCCGGAACCCGCUGCUGCGCAUCCCGGUGGGCGUGGACUUCGCCAUGUCGUCCGACUCCUUCUACGGCGACAACCCGUACGACCUGAACAAGCGGGCCAACGGCGGGUUCGUGUACUCCAAGGCGAGCGCGAGGACGGUCGCGUUCUACGGGGGCUGGUACGAGGCGCGGAAGGCGUACCCGGGCAAGAACGAGCAGGACCUGUUCGACAAGCUGAAGCGCGAGCUGUCGGCGGCGCACGGCGUGGCGGCGCAGUUCGUGGACACGGCCUACCUCGGCGGGUUCUGCGAGCGGCGGAAGAAUAUCCGGGACUUCAACAAGCUGUGCACGUUCCACGGCAACUGCCUCGUCGGGAUCAAGAGCAAGCUGGAGAAGCUCCGCGGCGUCCUCGACGAGUGGAAGCGGUUCAAGGCCAGCAACGGCACCAUCCUGACGGACUAAAUCAAUCAAUGUCAUCAUCGAUCGGACGAUGCGAUCGAUCGUGUUUUCUCGUUUUCUAACAGAUUAUUUCCCAUAUAACAUUCAUGAGUAGAAGAUGUAGCCAGGAGCUACUUCGAAUUUCGUUUCCCUUUCCCGUUAUAUAUAAAAACUCAAUCCAAA